AUGACUCAGGUCCUCAGCUUGUCAGAGAGGUCCAAACGGUUCUUUUUGGACGUCGCGCGGUGGGUUCCGGUCGUGCUGGCCGUCCAGGAGUACGUUGGCACCGUCAGGCAAACCGAGGGUCGGUCGAUGCAGCCUACUAUGAACAGCACGCGCGCGUGGUGGCGCAUCGGCGACUUGCUGCUCCUCGACCGGUGGCACGCGCGCUCAUACGAGCGCGGCGACGUGGUGGAGCUCCUCUCCCCAUGCGAGGUUGGCGACGUGCUCAUUAAGCGGGUGAUUGGCGUCGAGGGUGACCUCGUGCGGCCGCGGUGCGGGGACGGUUCGCUGGUGCGGGUACCGCGCGGGCACGUGUGGGUCGAAGGGGACAACGGCCCGUUAUCGCACGACUCGAACGCGUUUGGCUGCGUGCCCGCCGGCCUCGUGCAGUCGCGAGUGGCCGCGAAGAUCCUCCCGCUCUCUGAGGCCGGCGCCAUCGAGUGCCGCCCGCCGCCGCGCGACCGCGUCAUACCGAGCCGAUACCCGCGCGCGAUGAGAUAUGGGGACUGA